UAAACUCUGCAUUUAGUCACAAGAUGUGAAAACAAACAGGUGGGCUUGCCUGUUGUCUAGGCUAUAAAGGCUCCCUCUUGGUGUUUACAGGGGCAUUCUCUAAAGGGACAUUUUGACAGCGAACAACGUUUGGAGAUCUACUACCUUUCUACAGCUCCAUAAUGGACUUCCAAAUGUUGGCUGUGUUGAUGGUGGUGCUGGCCUGCGUGGAGCAGAGCCUGGCCUCCUGUGUGGUGGAGAGUUUCACCGUGAAAGACGACUUCGACCCCAAGAGAUACGCAGGGAAGUGGUACGCUUUGCAGAAGAAGAAUCCGGAAGGUCUUUUCCUCGAGGACAACAUCUCAGCCGAGUACACCAUCGGGGACGACGGGUCCAUGGUCGCCUCCUCAAGGGGCAGAGUCACCCUGUUUGGGUUCUGGGUGGUGUGUGCCGACAUGGCGGCCCAAUACUCUGUUCCCGACCCCACCACCCCCGGCAAGAUGUUCAUGAACUACCAGGGCCUGGCCAGCUACCUGUCCAGUGGAGGUGACAACUACUGGGUGAUCGACACGGACUACGACAACUACGCCAUCACCUACGCCUGCCGCACGCUGAAGGAGGACGGGAGCUGUGAUGACGGCUACUCCCUGAUCUUCUCCCGUAACCCCCGCGGCAUGCCCCCGCCCAUCCAGAGGGUCGUGAGGCAGAAGCAGGAGGAGCUCUGCAUGGUGGGACAGUUCUCACCCGUCCUGCAGUCCGGAGCUUGCUAAACUCAUCCAAGCCUAAGGUUUCCCGGUGAACUCCUGCAUUGUGCUGGACUGCUUUACCUGCGGGGGCCAUGGUCUUCUCAAAAAAAAAACGUGGAUUGUACGAGUGACCAGUAUUUCUUUAACACCGACCGUGAUGAUAUCUGAAUGUAUACACUUAUGCAGUACAA